UUGUGAGAAGUGAGGUGAGUGAGGAGAGGGGGAAAAGAGAGGAAGAGGAAGAAGAGAUUACUGUAUUGUAAGAUAGAAGAGAAUACGAGAAUGGGGAAUUCAUUUGGAUGCUCGGCGUCGGGGGAGAGAUUGGUGUCGGCAGCCAGAGAUGGGGACUUGGUGGAAGCCAAGAUGCUUCUGGAGUUCAACCCUUGCCUUGCCAAGUACUCCACCUUCGGCGGCCUUAACUCCCCUCUCCACUUUGCUGCUGCCAAAGGCCACAACGAGAUUGUUGCCUUGUUGCUCGACAACGGUGCCGACGUCAACGCCAGGAAUUACUGCGGCCAGACGGCAUUGAUGCAGGCUUGCCGGUAUGGGCACUGGGAAGUUUUACAGACUCUUCUGCUGUUCAGAAGCAAUGUUACCAGAGCAGACUACCUCAGCGGUAGGACAGCACUCCAUUUUGCAGCUGUAAAUGGGCAUGUUAGAUGUAUAAGACUUCUGGUGGCCGAUUUCAUCCCCAGUGUUCCCUAUGAAGUUAUCAAUGCUCAGACCAAUGGUGAUAAGGGGGAUAGUUCAAAUCUGAGGAACAAAUACGACCAAUCUGCACUUUCCAAUUUUGUCAAUAAGGCUGCAGAUGGUGGUAUAACCGCUCUUCAUAUGGCUGCUCUGAAUGGAUAUUCUGAUUGUGUGCAGCUCGUACUUGACAUUAAUGUGAAUGUCUCUGCUGUUACAUUUCAUUAUGGAACAUCAAUGGAUUUAAUAGGUGCUGGAAGCACUGCAUUGCAUUAUGCUGCUUGUGGAGGAAACCUAAAAUGUUGCCAGAUACUUCUUUCUAAAGGGGCUAGCCGAUUGACGUUGAACUGCAACGGGUGGUUGCCACUUGAUGUUGCAAGGAUAUGGGGUCGUGAUUGGCUUGAACCACUUUUGGCACCCAAUUCUGAGUUGAUAGUACCGACAUUUCCUCCAUCCAAUUAUCUUUCUCUACCUCUCAUGAGCGUGCUUAAUAUAGCAAGAGAAUGCGGGUUGCAAUCUUCAGCCACAUCAUCGGACGAAAAUGAUACUUGUGCUGUCUGCCUGGAGAGAGUAUGUAGCGUAGCUGCUGAAGGUUGUGGGCAUGAGCUCUGUGUAAGGUGUGCACUCUAUCUCUGCUCGACCAGCAACAUCCCUUCUGAAAUGGUUGGUCCACCAGGAUCCAUUCCAUGCCCAUUGUGUAGACAUGGCAUAAUAUCAUUUGUCAAAUUGCCUGGUUCUCCAGCAAAGGAGCUCAAAGUACAUCUAUCUCUUGGCCUCUGUACCCCAUGCAUGCUCCACCCAUGCGAUCCAGACACCCCUACAUCAGCCUGUAGACCCGAGAUCCGCAUGAAUCGUGUUGCCUCAGUUUCUUCAGAUCUUCUAUGCCGUGUCUCUUGUAGCCCAUUCCCUUCUGUUCCAAUUCCUUUGUGCACAUGCGAUGACAGUCCAUGCCCAUCUCUUGAACCCCAGGAAGGAGAAGCAAGAGAGGAAUCUCCUGCUGAGACACAAGGCACAUCAGUUGAGGAGGAUAAAAUGGAAGGACCAAGACUUGGAAAAACUAGUUGUUCAAGUAUUUUCUGGAACAGAAGAAGCUGCCACAGGGAGCAUCAAUGUAAUUCAGAGAUAAAUGCUUGAUCUGUAUACUGAAGAACCAUAUCUGUUGAAAGCUAGAUGUUGGUAAGAAACAGAUGUGCAGUAAAUAGUUUUGGUUUUGAUCUUCUGAGUCAUGGAGAUUGAAUUGUCAUUUAGCCUAUGCUCAUUAGACCACGAUUGACGACAUUGUUUAAGUAGUGACAUGGUGUUGUCCUUGGCCACAUAUAGAGCUCUCCCGGGAUAUGGAGCUGGAUGAGUCUUUGGAAGAUCUUGAUGUAAGGCAUGCGAUUCUGUAUGUCAUGAUUAUAUAGGCAGUAACUGAAUGAAGAUGAAAGAGAGAGGUUAAUUUUGGGUUAUAGCAGUGAUAAAUUUUUAUUCAUUUUUUUCUCCAACUUUUGUACUCUUAUUUCCUUUUCGUCAAUGGCUUUGGUCUAGCUGAUGAUGGUCUUGGAUAAGGGAGGCUUUUACAAGAUUU